AAAAAACAAACUGCUGAGGUGAAAAUGAAAUGCCGGACAUAUUGCAAUCACAGGGACGUUGGUUCAGCUCCCGUGGUGCUUUAUUAAAACAAACGGGUUAAACAGCAGGUCAAAAUAUUUGAAAUAAACAGAUGUUCCAAACACCUUUCAACGUGCCAGCCAGUUGACUGUCAAACUGAACAAGAACUGCGCCAUAUACGAUUUGCAGUUCUCAGUUACACCGCCAACGUUCCUCUAAGGCAAAGCCAAACUCGAAAUUACAUUUGGCAGAAUAGGAACCAUAAGAGUACAUAUUAUGUAGCGUUCUGUCACUCACAGGAAUUAACAUUUAAUGGCAAUAAUCGCGACUAUUUCUGCAGCGCCGAUUUACGGCAAGCGCGACGGUAGGAGGCGGGUCAUGGAAUCCGGAAGUGACGGAUGUUUGCAGCUGUUUCGCGGGAAGCGCCGGCAGAGUCGCGCCUGGGUUGCGUACAGUAGGAAACUGGGAAUGCAAAUGAAAGGGAUACGAAGUGGGAGAUUUUUUAGUGAAGGAUACAAACGCAUAUCCGCAAAGCUGACAAAGCAGACUGAUUACCCAGCAACCAAUGUUAGCAAUAUUAGAUCUUACUAAGCGCAAUGUGGAAACUGAAACCACUUGGAGACGGAGGGCAGCUGCACUGCCUGGUGGCCGGCGGAGAGUACACGGUGGGCCGUAAGAGCUGCGCGGUGCUGCUGCACAACGACCAGUCCAUCAGCCGCGCGCAUGCGCGCCUCGCCGUCAGCCUGUCCGCGAGCGCCCGUCCCAAUGUAUCCACGACAUUCACAGUGACCGACACUUCCAAAUAUGGUACAUUUGUGAAUGGUGACCGGCUGGCCCAAAACGAUGCCAGGGUCCUGCAGAAUGGGGAUCAGCUGACGUUUGGGGUCUUUGAGAAUAAGUUCAGAGUGGUCUUUGAGGCCUUGGUGGUCUGUUCGUCAUGCGUGGACAACGUGGGAAAAGCCUCCCUGGCGACCAACGUCCAGCAGCUCGGCGGCCGCCUGGUCAGCAGCUGGAGCCAGGACUGCAGUCACCUGGUCAUGCCGACCGUCAAAGUCACUGUCAAGACAAUCUGCGCCCUGCUGUGCUGCCGGCCGAUAGUGAAGCCGGACUUCUUCUCAGAACUCAGGAAGGCGGCACAGCAGAUGCAGGCUCUGCCCAAAGCAGAGAGUUUCCUUCCUGACUUAGACGAGCCGACCUUGGAAAAGAAGAAUGUGGAUCUUCAUUUGGUGGCAGAACGUAAAUGCCUCUUUGAGGGCAAAACGUUUAUUUUCCUUAAUGCCAAACAACUGAAGCGCCUCAGCGCGGCGGUGGGCUUUGGAGGUGGGCGGGCCCAGCUGCUGGAGGACGGCGCUCUGCCUGUGGGCCUGCUGGAGUCUGCGCAGAGCUGCGUGGUCGACGUGUCGACGGGCAGCUCCCAGGUCCCGCAGGCAGAGAACGCGGUACAGUGGAGCGAGUCGGUGACUCACAUCCUGCAGAGGAAGGGCCUUCGGCUGAUCGCCGAGUCCGAGAUCGGACUGGCCGCCAUCUACGGCUCCACCAAACUCUACUGCAAUCCCUCAGCCACCCUGACAGCUGAAACGGCUGAAGUGAAGGCCGCCAUCCCAGGCGGGUCGCUGACUCAGAGCACCGCUGUGGACGAAACCGUGCUUCCGGCGGCUUCUCAGAACAUCACGGCCUACGCCCCCGACACUGAGACGACACAGGGCUUCAGCAGAAUGGACACCAGCGGACCCAGUGCAGUGCGUGAAACCCCAGAGAAGGAUCGACGGCAGACCUGGUCAUCAAACAGAGGCUCCGUGGUGAGCAACGCAGCCAACUCGUGUGUAAGAACAGAGGUGCUGAUGUCAUCACAUGCCACGGGAGCCAAAAGUAGGAGGGAGGGGCCCGUCCUCGGAACCACCGAUGACAGCCGUCUGAUGGUGAAGCACCCUCCCUCCAGGAACCAGCACAAAUCCCCCCAGAAGCAGGCCAACUCUCUUACCGACUACUUCAAACCUCUCAACAAGAAGAGAAAUCGGGAGGAGGGAGAUUCUCCUCGACAGUCUGAAGCUAAGCAGUCCAGGCAAGAGCAGGAGGAACAGGUGGAGGUGAUGGAGGUGGAGAGGAGUGCCAGGCAACCAUCAGCACCAGAGCCCUCUGUCUGCACGCCUGCAUCCAAAGGAGAGGGGGACAAACUGGGUCAGGACUCAGACCUGGACCAUUCGCCUGGGCCCUCCAGCCACAGGCCAGCAGUGGGCAAGAGGAAGGAGAUACCCGCGACCGACCUGAUGGAAGGCUGUAUCUCAGAGGUGGACAUAGAGGAGCUGGAAUCAAUCAUGUCGACACCCAUGGACGAAGAAGACCAGCAGGGUGCCCCCACCAAGAGGGCCCGCCUGGACCCUGUGCGUGACAUCAAAGAGGAGGAGGAGUCCCUUGUAGAGCCCGCCAGAGCCGGCAGCACAAGCAUCCCCAAGAAGCCAGAAGCCGAGGCUCAGCCCAAAGCCGCCCCGGUGAAGCCGGAACUUGCGGAGUUGACGGCCGGCAUUAAGGCCGAUAAUGGAGAGGAUCUUCCCAGAAAUCUACUGGUGAUCGAGUUCAAGUCCCUGCUGGUGGACAAGCUGCCAAGGCCACGGUCGGAGCGUCAGCAGACGGGGGGGAAGAACUUCAAGAAGUUCAGGAAGAUUCCUGUGCCGGGGUCCUCUGGGCUGCCCAAAAUCAUCGGGGGCUCUGACCUGGUGGCUCACAACCGGACGAAGAACUCCGAACUGGAAGAGUGGCUGAGAGCAGCAGCGGAGGAGGAAAGUCGGAAUGAGAGAGAGGAGGCGCUGGGUGAUGACCUGUUCAGAUAUAACCCAAGACUGUCCAAACGAAGAUGAGGAAGACUGACGGCUCAGCCGUACCAUGGGCCAGGAAUGAAUCAGCAUUUCUAUAGCUCACUCACUCGUGGUGUUUACCCUGGGAGAAGUUCCAGAGAAACAGCGGCCUGUGUGAUUUUUUUCAGGCCUUGUCCUUGAUACGAAUGAAUGUCCCACUUUUGAGUUUCACUGCUUUUCAUGAGUCCACACGCUGAUCUACUGACAGCAAGUAAUGUAACAAUGCUUGUGUUAAAAAUACUUUUUAAAACAUUUUAUUUGUUCAUAAUAAAAAAAGUACUGUGUACAAAACAUUAA